CUCAAGGCGCUCGGCGCCGACAAGUACACGCGGCUCCUGGACCCGGCGGGCUACGCCGCCGUUGCGCGCUUCGACAUCCUCGGCGUCGGGCUGAUCCUGUCGCCAGGGGCAGACGGCCGCGCCAAGGUCGUGUCGCCGCCCCUGCCGGGCUCGUCGGCGGCCAAGAGCGGCGCCGUCAAGCAGGGCGACAUCGUCGACACGCUCAACGGCGUCAAGACGGCGGGCCUGAGCUCCUUCGAGCUGCUCGAGGUCAUCGACAAGAGCGAGGACAAGAAGGUCGCGACGUUCGGCGUCGUGUCCGACGGCGACGCGGCGCCGCGGCCCCUCGCGCUGAAGCGCGACAUCCCGGACAUCGCGGACCCGAUCGGCCGGACGCUCUACGAUGGCGACAACCGCCUCGGCUACGUGCGGCUCCGCGAGUUCAACGCGCGGAGCGGCGAGCGGCUCGCGGAGGCGCUCGCGGACCUCGAGCGCCAGGGCGCGACGCGCUACGUGCUGGACCUGCGCGGCAACCCCGGCGGCGCGUUCCAGUCGGCGAUCACGGCCGCGUCGCUGUUUCUCAACGAGGGGACGCCCGUCGUCACCGUCGUCGAGCGCGUCGACGCGCAGAACGCGGACCGCGAGCGCAAGGAGACCUUCAAGGCCAAGCCGCCGUCGACGCUGGCCUUCUCCCGGAACCAGGCCCACGACGUCGAGCUCUGGCUCGACGGCGGCUCCGCGUCCGCGUCGGAGAUCUUCUCCGGCGCGCUCCGCGACAACUGCGCGGCCGUCGUCGCGGGCGACCGGUCCUACGGCAAGGGCAAGAUCCAGGCCGUCUUCGGCCUCGCCGACUCCAGCGGCCUCGUCGUCACCGUCGCCCAGUACCUCACGCCCGCGGGCACGGCGAUCCAGGGCGUCGGCAUCGCCCCGGACGUGAAGAUCCCGGGGCCGUCCGUGCCC